AUGGAAUUUGCUAGGACGCAAAUAGUGGACGGUGAGAGAUACGGCAUCGUGCGCGAGCCGCAGCUAAUCCGGGAAGUCUUGCGGUUCCACCCAGGGAAAGAUGACGUCGUGCUGGUGACUUACCCUACAUCCGGAACUCACUGGAUGGAGCAGAUAAUGCAACUCAUUGUCUACCGAGGGUCGAGUGCUACGACGCACGAUGAAUUUUGCAAGCGGUCCCCGUUUCUCGAGGAGUACGGAAAUCGGAUCUCGGAAUUCACGACGAACUCGCACCCGAGAAUCUUGACUACCCACUUCAGACCCGGAUUACUUAAGAUCAACCAGUGUUCCAAGUACGUGUACGUCGCCAGAAACCCGUGGGACUUGUGCGCCUCGCUGUACGACCAGUCUCGACAGACUCCGCUGUACCCUUUGCGGGCGACGUUCGCCGAAUUCCUGCCUAUGUUUCUCCAGGGAGACGUGCCGUACGGCAGCUACUUUCAGCACGUCAGCGCUGCUUAUAAACUGAGGAAUGAGCCGAACGUCUUCUUCGUCACUUACGAAGAGGUAGCAAGAAACACAGCAGGGGUCGUUGCACGUCUCGCCGAAUUUCUCCGAGUGAACCACGGAAAGGCAGUUCAGGAAGAUCCUGUACUACUAAACGACAUCGUCAGAAAGUGCAGCACCAAUUUCAUGAAAGAAAUGAUGACAUUUCCGAUGAAGGAAAUGGCUAACGUGGUCGUAAAGAACAAGAAGCUUUUGCCAUUUUUAAAUGUUCCGGUACCGAAAGAGGAUGCGAAAGUUGUCAAGUUCGUGCGCCAUGCAAGAGUGGGUCGAUGGAGAGAGGUGUUUACAAAGGAGCAGCUUAGAGAAACGCUUUUGCACAUUGAGGAAAUUGGGGACGCCGGGUUUGUUAAGCACCUCUGGGGCAAUAUAUGGCGAGAUGUUACGGAAGCAUCGAAAUAA